AUGCCGGCUGUUGUCGUGAGCCAUGGAGGCCAAAUGCCCGAGCAUGAUGGGAAGAUAACUUUCUACGUCAUUGUGUGCGUGAUCCUCGCGGCCUUCGGAGGGAUGUUGUUCGGAUACGACAUUGGAAUUUCAGGUGGAGUGACUGCCAUGGAUGACUUCUUGAAGAAAUUCUUCAUGACCGUGUACGAGAAAAAGAAGCGCGCGCACGAGGACAACUACUGUAAAUACGACAACGAGUACCUCCAGUUGUUCACAUCUUCGCUGUACAUUGCUGCUCUCGUAGCCAGCUUUGUAGCCUCAUGGGUGUGCUCCAAAUUUGGCCGAAGGACGACGUUGCAGAUCGGGUCUUUCUUGUUCAUCGCGGGGAUCGGAUUCCAAGCCGGCGGCGUCAACAUUGCGAUGGUUGUCUUCGGCAGAAUCAUCCUCGGUUUUGGUGUUGGGUUCGGCAAUCAGGCGGUGCCUCUGUUUCUAUCCGAAUUAGCUCCUGCCAGAAUCAGAGGAGCUCUCAACAUUUGCUUCCAACUCUUCAUUACAAUCGGAAUCCUCGUCGCGGGCAUUAUCAACUACUUCACAUCCAACAUUCACCCUCACGGGUGGCGAUCUCUCGGCUUGGCCGGCGUCCCAGCCGUGAUUCUCCUCGUGGGUUCAUUCAUCAUCUGCGAGACCCCGACCAGCCUCAUCGAGCGCAACCGGGUCGACCAAGGGAAGGCCACCCUGAGGAGGAUCCGUGGCACCAAUAAUGUCGAUGCAGAGUUCAAUUCAAUCGUUGCCGCGAGUGAGGCCGCAAGGCGAGUGAAGCAUCCGUUCCGCAAGCUCAUGAGGCCGUCGAGCAGGCCCCCUCUCGUCAUAGCCAUGUUGCUGCAGGUGUUCCAGCAGUUCACCGGGAUCAACGCCAUCAUGUUCUACGCACCCGUCCUGUUCCAGACAGUUGGGUUUGGGAACGAUGCUGCGCUGCUCUCUACGGUCAUCACCGGGCUCGUGAACGUUUUCAGCACGUUAGUGUCGAUCUACUCGGUGGACAAGGCUGGCCGGAGGGUGUUGCUCCUUGAGGCUUGUGUCCAGAUGUUCAUCACUCAGAUUAUUAUAGGAGUGCUCUUGCUACUACACCUGAAGCCAACGGGGUCUCUCGACUCCACCGAGGCGAUAGUCGUGGUGGUACUGGUGUGCGUUUUCGUGAUGGGAUUCGCAUGGUCGUGGGGUCCGCUCGGGUGGCUGAUUCCGAGCGAGACCUUCCCUCUGGAGACAAGGACGGCUGGUUUCUCCUUCGCCGUGAGCUCCAACAUGCUCUUCACCUUCAUUAUCGCGCAGGCCUUCCUGUCGAUGCUGUGCCACAUGAAGGCCGGCAUCUUCUUCUUCUUCGCUGCUUGGAUCCUGGUCAUGGGGCUCUUUGCAUUGUUCUUAUUGCCCGAGACGAAGGGCGUGCCUGUGGACUUGAUGGUCGAGAGAGUAUGGAAGCAGCAUUGGUUCUGGAAGCGGUACAUGAUUGAUGAUGACGAGGACGAUGACUAG